UACCACAACAUUGGCCUGCCUAAGGAAACCUUGAUCCCCUGGUCAAGAGGGUCCUCCAAGCUUUGGCCUUUGGAAGGAUGCUAUUGCAUGUGGCCAGAGGAGCAUGAGGAUAGUUGGGGGACGUCCUGCCCCAGAGAGGAAGUGGCCCUGGCAGGUGAGCCUGCAGGUCAGGAAGCAACACAUCUGUGGGGGCUCCCUUAUCGCCAGUCGGUGGGUGAUGACUGCAGCCCACUGUGUACAUGGCUCAUUAUCCCUGUGGAUUACUCCACACACAUCCAGCCUGUGUGCCUCCCUGACAAGACUUUCAUGGUGAAAACUGAUACUCCGUGCUGGGUGACUGGAUGGGGCAGACUCACUGAAACAGCUCACAUAGGGCCAUCUGAGCUUCAGGAGGUCAAGGUACACAUUCUUCGUCAUGAGAAAUGUAAUGAGAUACUCGAGAAAAAGAUUUGGUGGCAUCAAGCCGUCAGGGAAGGGUCCAUCUGUGGCUAUGAUGACCAAGGAAAAGGUUCCUGCAAGGGAGAUUCUGGGGGACCCCUGGUCUGUGAAUUAAAUGACACCUGGAUCCAGGUCGGGAUUGUGAGUUGGGGCCUUGGCUGUGGGAAGAAAGAAUUUCCAGGAGUUUAUAUGGAAGUUAGUUUCUACAUGGACUGGAUCAUUGCUCACGUGGGUCAAGCGUCCUGUCUGGACUCAGUAGGCUUCCUUGUUCUAUUCCUGUGUCUGGUGCUGCCUCUGGACAUCCUGGUGACACCAUGAUGGCCCCAGCCCACUCCUCCUGUUUUGGAGUCUCCCACGUAGGGGUCUCCUCUGACCAACCUCCCACUCCGUCUCAGUGCCCUUUCCUCAAAUCCCUGUUUGGAUGCACUGGCCCUCUGGAGGCCCACACAUGUGAGCUAGGCAGGGAGACUGGGGCCUGGAAAGUGUCCCUGCCUGAUGCUCUGGUCACCCCAGUUGGGCUAUGCUCUGCCUUGUGGGAAGGAGGGAAUGAACUGAUCCCAGCUACGAGACCGGUACACCUGCUAGGUGGGUGCAAUGACUCGUCACCAUCUUGAAGAACAUCUACCAAAGA